AUGCAUUAUAGAAGUGCAGAGCUCUUGGGCCGAAUAGUAUGCAACGCCUUCCAGGCCCGGCGAGUGCUGGUCACUCGUCCUUCUCACCUCGGGAUCAAGGCAGAAUGUCAUUUCAAGAGGUCUUGGUUUUUGCAGUCCCGCACUAUUAUCACGAAUCACUCAGACCCCGACCCAGCAAACCAGCAUGAGCCGCAACCUGGCUCAUACAGCGAGGCCGACCACGAACAUGCCGUCAUCUCUACCUUUGAUCUCUUCUCCAUUGGCAUCGGCCCAUCGUCGUCCCACACCGUGGGUCCCAUGCGUGCUGGCAACAUCUUCGUGUCAGAUCUUGCUGAGGCGGGCCUGCUGCAGCGCGUCCACAAGAUUCACGUGUCGCUCUACGGUAGCCUGGCUCUGACUGGAGAGGGACAUAUGACGCCAUCGGCAUUGCUUUUGGGCCUGGAGAGUGCCGAUGUUGAAACUGUUGACACUGCUUUCGUUCCUUCCCGCUUCGAGCAGAUCAAGCAGGAGAAGAAGUUAUUUCUUGGGCGGGAACUCCCAGACGGCAACGGCAAGGAAAUCUCGUUCGACUAUUCGCACGACUUCCGAUGGCAGUGGGGGAAGAAGCUGGCGUUGCACAGCAACGGGAUGCGCCUGACUGUAUUCGACGAAGAUGGGAAUAUGCUGGCCACCAACGACAUGUUUAGCGUUGGUGGAGGCUUCGUCGUCAAUGGCGCCAUGUCAACUGCCUCUACCGCCUCGGCCACGGCAUUGACAUCAAGCGGUGCUGUGGAUAGCCAAGCAAUGACGCGCCACGACGACCACUCGACCGGCAGUGGACACCCGCCUGACUUGGCGGAGAACAUGUUCUACAAGGAAAUUCGCCGGGCUGACGCAGCCGGCGACCGUAGAACAGGGCCAGAGGUGAAGCCUUUGGAAGGCUCAGCUGGUCAAGGAAUAACGGUGGCACCUCUACAACAAGAAAUGACUUCAAAAACCCCGCCUGAGGCCGGUCCUGGCGAAGAGAAGCCGCAGCGGCACCCCCGCUAUCCGUUCCGGGACGCCAAUAGCCUGCUGACCCUUUGUCGCAAACACAACCUGACGAUUGCUCAGCUCGUGUUCGAGAAUGAGAAGAGUCAAGGCUACACGGACGAUGAGAUUCUGGACAAGAUCUUUCGGAUAUGGGAGGUCAUGGACAAUAGCAUUCUUGAAGGCGUCCAGGCGCCGGUCGAUUCGACACUUCCAGGCGCCCUCAAGCUUCACCGUCGGGCACCAGGCCUAUACAGCCGCCUGGCCAGAGGACUUUACAGAGGAGUGCUUCCCGCCACCGGGGACAAGGAUAGGGCCUCGUCUACACAGGGGAAAGCAACACAAGGGCCGCAUUCCUCGACUGCUCUUGUUCGGAAAGGCCCAGCAAACAUCAGAGGCCCUCCUCGAAUAGUCGGCUCACUAGAGCACCCUGUUAUGCCUAGUCCGAUGCGCAGAACCACUUUCCCCGAGCUUGACCACCUUAGUGUCUAUGCUAUCGCUGUCAACGAGACCAAUGCGGCGGGCGGUCGCAUCGUCACUGCGCCGACAAAUGGCGCGGCCGGUAUUAUUCCUGCUGUGCUCAAAUACACCAUUGAGUUCAUUAGUGACGACCCUGAACGAGAUAUUCCGACUUUCCUCAUGACAGCCGCCGCCAUUGGCAUGCUGUACAAGCGGGGUGCUAGCAUAUCAGCAGCCGAAGGUGGUUGUAUGGCCGAGGUCGGCGUGGCCUGCUCCAUGGCUGCUGGUGCUUUUGCUGCAUGUAUGGGAGCAAGCCCCGAGAUCAUUGAGCAGGCGGCGGAAAUUGGCAUCGAGCACAACCUGGGCCUAACGUGUGAUCCAAUUGCAGGGCUUGUCCAGGCGCCUUGCAUCGAGCGCAAUGCCCUCGGGGCAAUCAAAGCUAUCUCAAGCGCAAACCUGGCCCUGAGCAGCUCUGGCAACCAGAAGGUGCGCCUUGACGACGCUAUCCGCGCAAUGCGCGUCACGGCCCGAGGAAUGCGUGAUGAAUUCAAAGAGACAAGCCUCAGUGGCCUGGCGACUAGUGUUCCGUUGAACAUCCCAGUCAGUGUACCUGACUGUUGA